AAAAUUCUGAAAAAUUACUAGAGUUUACCAUUUUUUUUAACUUCACCCCAUUAUCAAGAUGUCUGACGCUAAAGUUGAAACCCAUGAGUUCACAGCUGAGAUUUCUCAGUUGAUGUCCUUGAUCAUUAACACUGUCUACUCCAACAAGGAAAUCUUCUUGAGAGAAUUGAUCUCCAACGCUUCCGAUGCCUUGGACAAGAUCAGAUACGAAGCAUUGUCUGACCCUUCCAAGUUGGAAACUGAACCAGAAUUGUUCAUCAGAAUCACACCAAGACCUGAAGAAAAGGUUUUAGAAAUCAGAGAUUCUGGUAUCGGUAUGACCAAGGCUGACUUGGUCAACAACUUGGGUACGAUUGCUAAGUCUGGUACCAAGUCAUUCAUGGAAGCUUUGUCCGCCGGAGCUGAUGUGUCUAUGAUUGGUCAGUUCGGUGUCGGUUUCUACUCUUUGUUCUUGGUUGCCGAUCACGUUCAAGUCAUCUCCAAGCACAACGACGAUGAACAAUACAUCUGGGAAUCGAACGCCGGUGGUAAGUUCACUGUCACCUUGGAUGAAUCCAACGAAAAGUUGGGCCGUGGUACCGUCUUGAGAUUGUUCUUGAAGGAAGACCAGUUGGAAUACUUGGAAGAAAAGAGAAUCAAGGAAGUUGUCAAGAAGCACUCCGAGUUCGUCUCCUACCCUGUCCAAUUAGUCGUCACCAAGGAAGUUGAGAAGGAAGUUCCAGAAGAAGAAGAAGAAAAGAGCGAAGAAAAGACUGAAGAUGACGACGACAAGAAGCCAAAGUUGGAAGAAGUCGAAGACGAAGAAGAAGGUGAAAAGAAGGAAAAGAAGACCAAGAAGAUCACCGAAAAGGUCACCGAAACUGAGGAAUUGAACAAGACCAAGCCAUUGUGGACCAGAAAUCCAUCCGACGUCACCCAAGAAGAAUACAAUGCCUUCUACAAGUCCAUCUCCAACGACUGGGAAGACCCAUUGGCUGUCAAGCACUUCUCUGUUGAAGGUCAAUUGGAAUUCAGAGCCAUCUUGUUUGUUCCAAAGAGAGCUCCAUUCGAUGCUUUUGAAUCCAAGAAGAAGAAGAACAACAUCAAGUUGUACGUCAGACGUGUUUUCAUCACUGACGAUGCUGAAGAAUUGAUCCCAGAAUGGUUAGGUUUCGUUAGAGGUGUUGUUGACUCGGAAGAUUUGCCAUUGAACUUGUCUAGAGAAAUGUUGCAACAAAACAAGAUCUUGAAGGUCAUUAAGAAGAACAUUGUCAAGAAGUUGAUUGAAACCUUCAACGAAAUUGCUGAAGACCAAGAACAAUUCGAAAAGUUCUACACUGCCUUCUCCAAGAACAUCAAGUUGGGUAUCCACGAAGACCAACAAAACAGAUCUUCGUUAUCUAAGUUGUUGAGAUACUACUCGACCAAAUCUAGCGAAGAAUACACUUCUUUAUCUGAUUACGUCACCCGUAUGCCAGAACACCAAAAGAACAUUUACUACAUCACCGGUGAAUCCAUCAAGGCUGUUGAAAAGUCUCCAUUCUUGGAUGCUUUGAAGGCUAAGAACUUCGAAGUUUUGUUCUUAGUUGACCCAAUUGACGAAUAUGCCAUGACUCAAUUGAAGGAAUUCGAGGAUAAGAAGUUGGUCGACAUCACCAAGGACUUUGAAUUGGAAGAGACCGAAGAAGAAAAGGAAGUCAGAGAAAAGGAAAUCGCUGAAUUCGAACCUUUGACCAAGGCUCUUAAGGACAUCUUGGGAGAACAAGUCGAGAAGGUUGUUGUUUCCCACAAGUUGGUUGACGCUCCUGCUGCUAUCAGAACUGGUCAAUUCGGUUGGUCCGCUAACAUGGAAAGAAUCAUGAAGGCUCAAGCUUUGAGAGACACCACUAUGUCGUCUUACAUGUCGUCUAAGAAGACUUUCGAAAUUUCGCCAAAGUCUGCCAUCAUCAGAGAAUUGAAGAAGAAGGUUGAAUCCGACGGUGCCGAAGACAAGACUGUCAAGGACUUGACUACUUUGUUGUACGAAACCGCCUUGUUGACCUCUGGUUUCUCUUUGGAUGAACCAUCUUCUUUCGCUGGUAGAAUUAACAGAUUGAUCUCCUUGGGUUUGAACAUCGAUGAAGAAGAAGAAGUCGAAGAAGUCGGUACUACUACCACUACUUCUACCGAAGAACCAGCUGUUGAGUCUGCUAUGGAAGAGGUUGAUUAAACGAAGCUCAUGUCUAUUAAUGUAUUUAUUUCAUCGAUUCUAAAUUUAUAAAGGUUGCUUAAACUUAGGCUUGUUCAUAAUCACCAAACCCGUAUUGAUACUCUUGAUUUAAUAUAAAUAGGUUAAAUACAAAAGAAGAUGAAUCU